GCUAUUCAGCGUGCGGUUCUAGCUGCAGCGCAACUAUCGGCCGACCGCAGCAGGGGCGCUUAACUUGCGUUCACGUCAUGCAACACGUUCAGUUAUCCCAUCGUCCCCAAUUUCUCCACUGUACGUGGCCCUAGCGCUGACGCUCGGGAUCAAUCGAUCAAGGUUGUGAGAUGCAGGUGCAGAUGCGGCGGGUCACGAUUAUGUGCCUGCGUUGUCUGUGCUUUGGCUCGCGAAUCAGUGCUGUCAGUCCUGCACCGGUGAACAUGCGGAGGAGAAAUGCGAUUUGUGGCGUUGUGCUGCCAAUGCACGGUCCUUCCCCGUGCACUGCGUGUGCUGAGUCGUCCGCGUCCGUCUGCGCUGGCAGUGGAGAGAGCUGGUGGUUGCACAAGGGGGACCGAGGGUCGUCGCCCCGGCCCUAGGGCGUGGGGAUGGUUCGCCCAGUUGAUGAUGAUGAAUGGACGCGCGCGGGCCUUCUUCCCAAGGCGCGAUGUCGACAGCUGGACCAUUCGAUCGAAGGAUAUAAAGCACCGCGUGUGCGCUGUUCCUGUCCCGCUGAUGCUGCUUGUCUCUGCCGCUGACGGGACACCCUAAUCGUCACCCACGCCCUACCCUCCUCGCGCGCAACC